CCCAAAUGGGGCCGGGACCCCACAUGGGGCCAGGAUCUCACAUGGGGCCAGGAUCUCACAUGGGGCAAGGACCCCACAUGGGACAAGGACCCCACAUGGGACAAGUACCCCACAUGGGACAAGGACCCAAUAUGGGACCUGGACAAGGACCCCACAUGGGACACACCAAUGGACCAGGGCCCAGUAUUGCUCAAAGUGGGCAAAACUUCAGAGCUUAUCAAGAAACCAAUACAGCUCCCAACAUGGGACAUCAUGUGACCCACAACUUGGGCCCUAAUAUAGUUCAAAAUUUUCCGUCUCAUGUGAGACCUGGACCAAAUUCGAAUAUGACUCCCAACAUAUCGCAGAACUUUGCUGCCCCCAUGAUGUGGUCUAGUAUUGGCCAACCAACAAGCACUGGUGUGGGAUCAAUCAAUCCAAACAUCAGUCAAAUAGCUCCAGGAUUUGUUGCCAAUAUGGGUCAAAAUAUCCCAAAUCUUCAUGUUAUGGAGGGAAGUUUACCUUCCGGCAGAUCAGCACCUCUUCAGAAUGAUCAGUAUCCUCCUAUACAAAGAGUUGUAUACAAUACGCAAACUCCAAAUGAACCGUCAAUCAUUCGUAUCCCACCUGAAGAGCCAACAUUAAGAUCAAAUAAGAUCCACAUUAACCCUCAUUUUCGUGGGAAUAUACAAGCAGUGAAUGAAGGAAUAUCAGUUUGGGACCAAACCACAGAAAAUACACAGUUUAACGCCCCACCACAUGUACCACCUGGGUCAUAUCCUGGUCAAUUACCCAGCACAUUGAACCAGAGUGAAGUUGGCUAUCAACAUCAGCAAUGGAACCAAAAUUCGAAUAUCAAUCUAAGAGCUCCCCAGACCCAACCAGCAGAUACAGCUUCACUUUCAAUGUAUCCUGAACAAUCAAAUUUUGGAGGGCCGCCUCAACAUAUGAUGGGUCCUUUACAAGCUCAGAGAGGAUACCAACAAACUAAUCAACAACCUCAAAAACAAUUAUCUCUACCUCAAAGGCAGGAAAAGAUUCCACAACACCAACGGUUUCAUAACCCACCAGGACGAGGAGGUAUUAGAGGACAAACCCCUACACCUGGAGGAAAUAGAAGACUUAAUCAAACACAUUCACCUCCUAAAAGAUCACUGAGUGAUAGCCCGGGUACUGUACCAAAAAAACAAGGAAGAAUAGAACCACGCAUGGCUGCAGGGCACAGUAACCUGCUACCAGUUACUAUCGACCCACUGCCUGAUACAACCACAACUAAUGAAACUCAACAAGAUGACUUAAACGAGGAUGAGGAAACUAGAGAGUAUCGUAAAAAAAUUGAAGAGCAAAAGAAGCUCCGAGAGAAACUUCUCCGUGAGAAGGAGGAUAGAAGAAGAAAAGCUGCCAUAGAAAAACAAAAAGACUCUGAUCCAUCAAUUUCAGAUUCAAGAGAGAGCUCUAGCAAACAAAUAGUUUCUGCCACUCAAUCUAUCUCUACAAUUCUGAAUCAGUCCCCAAGGAAAACAGUCCCAACCAAUCAAUUACAAGCUCCAGUAAAUCAAUCUCAGCAGUCCCUGAACAAUUACUCUAACCAAUUAGGGUUCAAUAACCAGCGUGGAAGAGGUGGAAGGGGAGGUCGAGGUAGAAGUAUGCAAAACAGGCUAGGCAGAGAAAUUACUAAUGCCUCUGGACCCACUUCUGCAACUGAACCUCCUUUAGGCAUUCCACAAAGUUUAUCUAUUGAGGCUUCUGUAAGUAAUAAGGAGGCGACAACACAAGGGAGUGGUUCAAGUCGUAUUGUAGUCAUGAGAGGAGGCCAACAGACAACUGGGGGCCCACAAAGGAUCGUUAAGCCUAACCCUUCAGAGACUAGAACUGUUCAACUACCUAAUAGUACAAUGAAUGAAACUUCAUCUGCUAAAAUGGUGCUGGUUGAGAAUUUGGCACAUAGUACCAAUGAAACUCAGCUGAGGAUGAUGUGCAAUUGCAUUGGGAAGGUUCAGGAAAUUAACCUGGAUAAAAAAAACAAAAAAGCAAUAAUACGAUUUGCUGCAUCUGAAUCAGCAGCGGCAUUUGUAAAGCGAUAUCAAAGAAAAAUGAUAGACUUGUCACUUAUCAAAGUUGGACUAAUCAAUGAAUAGUAUAUUUCCUCUUAGAAUUAUAUUUGGACUCUUAAUAUCGCUCCAUCAUGUUUUAAUAAAAUUACAAAGUCUCUAAAGUAUUUUCUAAAUGGCUUUUAACUUGACUUGACAUUCAGUGUAAAACAAUUUGCCAUUGCUCCUGUAUUCUGAAAUGUAUAAGUAAUUUGUUAAGUUAGUGUUUUUUUUUUAUUUUCUCUGUACAAAUUUUUGAACAACCAGAGCUAGAUUUCUGCAUUUUGUUUUUAUUAUGGAUCAAAGUAUUUGUAUUAUUAAACAGUUGUUAGACAUUACCAAUUGAGAAUAUUUGAAAGUGUUGUCCUUGUUAACAUUGUUGGUAUCUUCUAUAAACAAAGUUCCGGCAGUAAAUCUAUCUUCUUCAAUAGGUAUGCGGACUUUUAUUGAAUUGACUGAAAUGAAUUUGUAACCUAAGGACUCUGAUAAUUAUCUUCAUGAAUACUUACAGUAGGAAUGUUUUUUACAACUAAAGUUUCUUUAUGUUUGUCAAAUUUUUGACUUGUCAAGACAAAUAUGCUGCUUUGUCCUAAAAAUGUGUAUUGUUGCGUGUCUUUAUUCAACAUUGCUGUUUUUAAGCAGAUGGACCCUGAAAUAUUUGUUUUCUUCCUGGAGAGCAUCUAGCUUAAGUGUAUUUUGCCUCCCUUUGUUUGUACAUAAUAGCUGAUAAAGUCUUGUACAAUAUUAUUAUUUUUAUAUAUUUUAUUCUUGAACUGUUUUUUCUUUGUGUGUUCUGCCUCAACUAUUUUAUUACAAACUGGAGUCAAAGGUGUAUUUGUUCAAACUCGGUAAUAAUUUAACCUGUUGAAUGUAUCACCAAAAUAAACCACAUGACAUGCAGGCAGA